AUGAAAAAUAUGGAUUUCUCAUUCACACUAUUUCUUCUACUAUUGCUCUUUUCUUUCCAAUCUUCAUCAUCCUUGAGAAAAGGUUCAUCCCUCUCAGUAGAAAAACCAGAAGACAAAAUCAUCUCACCAAAUGGUAUGUUCACUGCUGGUUUUACUUCCAUUGGUGAUAAUGCAUAUUUCUUUGCCAUAUGGUUCACACAACCAAAUUCCCUCAAACUCAACAACACAAUCAUUUGGACGGCGAAUCGCGACCAACCGGUUAAUGGAAAAAGAUCCAAACUCAUCCUUUUAAACACAGGAAACAUUGUUUUGCUUGAUGUUUCUCUAAACAAUUUUUGGUCUUCAAACACUGCAUCAUUGAAACCAUUAGAGUUACAUCUCAAAAAUGAUGGAAAUCUUGUGUUGCGUGAGCUUCAAGGAACCAAAAGUCUCUGGCAGAGUUUUGAUUCUCCAACAGAUACUCUCCUUCCUGGUCAACCUCUUACAAGAUAUACAAAGCUUGUAGCUUCAAUAAGUGAGACUAAUCAUUCAUCUGGCUUCUACAUGUCGUUUUUCGACGAUGAAAAUAUUUUCGGUCUUCAUUACAACGGCCGCAAUGUUUCUAGCUCGUAUUGGCCAAGACCUUGGCUUCUAAGUUGGGAUGUUGGAAGAUCAAAUUUCAACAGUAGCAGAACUGCAGUGUUGGACUCUCUUGGUAAUUUCCAUUCAUCAGAUAAUUUCACUUUUUCAACUUCUGAUUAUGGAUCUGUCUUGCAAAGAAUAAUGAAACUUGAUUCUGAUGGUAUUGUAAGAGUUUAUAGCAGAAAUAGUAUGUCACAGAAUUGGUAUGUUUCAUGGCAAGCCUUUUCUGGUGCUUGCUUGGUUCAUGGAAUUUGUGGAGCUAAUAGUACAUGUAGUUAUAGUCCUAAGUUUGGAAGAAAGUGCUCUUGUAUUCCAGGGUAUAAGAUGAAGAAUCAUAAUGAUUGGUCUUAUGGUUGUGAACCUAUGUUUGAUUUCACUUGCAAUAAAAGUGAAUCAACCUUUUUAGAGAUGAAGAAUGUUGAGUUUUAUGGUUAUGGCUUUCAUUAUAUUGAAAUUUGUAACUACAGUACCUGUGAGGAUUUAUGCAUACAAGAUUGUAAUUGUAUAGCAUUUCAAUAUUCAUUUUGGGAGAAAAAGGGCUUUUAUAGGUGUUUUUCAAAAACACAACUGCAAAAUGGAAGGUUUAUACCUUCCUUUGAAGGAUCAACCUACUUGCGAUUACCUAAAGGUAAUAGCUUCUUGAGAAAGGAAUCUUCUUUUCCGAGUAAUCAUGUUUGCUUGGAAACACUUCAAAGAGUUUAUGUCAAAGAAAGCCAAAACCAAUACGUGAAGUUUUUUCUCUGGUUCGUCACUGCGAUUGGAGCUUUUGAAACGGUCUGCAUUUUUGCCGUUUGGUGUUCCCUAUUAAGGUCGCGCCAAAAGACUAAUGCAGACCAACACGGCUACCACCUUGCCGAAAUAGGGUUUAGAAAGUUCAGUUACUUGGAGCUCAAGAAAGCAACAAAAGGGUUCAGUCAAGAGAUAGGAAGAGGCGGGGGAGGCGUUGUAUACAAAGGUGUAUUAUCUGAUCAAAGACACGCUGCGAUAAAGAGACUUUACAAUGCUCAACAAGGAGAAAGUGAGUUUCUCGCAGAAGUAGGCAUCAUUGGAAGACUCAAUCACAUGAAUUUGAUCGAAAUGUGGGGAUAUUGCGCCGAGGGAAAAUAUAGACUAUUGGUAUAUGAGUACAUGGAAAAUGGUUCUUUAGCCGAAAAUCUAUCAUCUAACAAACUUGAUUGGAGUAAAAGGUACAAAAUUGCUUUAGCAAUAGCAAGAGUUUUAGCGUAUCUUCAUGAAGAAUGUUUGGAGUGGAUUCUGCAUUGUGAUAUAAAGCCACAAAACAUACUUCUUGAUUCUAACUUCCAGCCCAAGUUAGCAGAUUUUGGAUUGUCUAAGCUACAAAAUAGAAGCAAUCUCAACAACUUAAGUGUAACUACUAUUCGAGGAACAAGAGGUUAUAUGGCACCGGAAUGGAUUUUCAACUUGCCAAUAACAUCAAAAGUAGAUGUUUAUAGCUAUGGAAUAGUUGUGUUGGAGAUGAUAACAGGAAAGAGUCCAACAACAGGUUUCAAAGUAGUGAAUGGUGAAAAGGAGAGUGUUGGGAGGUUGGUUACAUGGGUGAGAGAGAAAAAAGGGAGUAGUGUUAGUUGGGUGGAGGAAAUAGUUGAUGAUGAAAUUGGAUUGAAUUAUGAUAAAAGGAAGAUGGAGAUAAUGGCUAAAGUUGCUUUGGAUUGUGUUGUGGAUGAAAGAGAUUCAAGACCUACUAUGAGUAGAGUGGUGGAAAUGCUUCAAUACCAUGGAACUGAGGCUCAGUGA